CUGACACAAGUUUUGUGCAUCAAUGGCUGAAGUGGGUUUGGUCAGCGACGGCGGAUGGCUGAUGACGCUGGAGAGGAAACUUUGGAUCCCCGAGUUCAAAUCCAGUUGGAGAAAUUGAAUACCUGCACAGAUGAAAUCAACCGGCUAGAAGUUGAAUUAGAUGAUGCCAACUCUGCCUUUCGAGCAACGCUCAGUGAGUCUAGUCACAAGCUGCGCAUUUUGUCAAAGAAGCUUGGAAAGUCCAUUGAAGCAGCACGACCAUACUAUGAAGCCAAAGAAUAUGCACAGAAGGCACAGCUGGAGUGCCAGCGGGCGGCUGUGCAGUACCAGCGGGCAUCGGAGGUGCACCAGGCAGCUAAGGAAACAAUUUCACUGGCUGAACAGCGCUUUCUUAGCAAUCAGACACAGUGGGAGUUUGACAAUGCCUGGCAGGAGAUGCUCAACCACGCUACCAUGAAGGUGAUGGAAGCAGAAGCGAUGAGGCUUGAUAGUGAAAGGGAGCACCGCAGACGGGCAGCUUCGUUCACCGAAGCAGAACAUAAGGUCCACUCACUCGAGCGAAGAUUGAAGAAAGACAUAGCCAAGUCUAGGUUAUACUUUGAAAAGAAGGCUGCCUUCCAGCAGAAACUCCAGGAAAUCAAGAGCCAGGUGGAAGUGUUGCGCAAAGCGGUAAUACAGUCCAAGCAGGCAUACACAGACGCCCUGCACAGCCUGGAACAGAUUUCUACAGAGAUUCACGAGCGGCGCAAAGCGCACUUGCCAGCUCGAGAGCCAGGUGUCGGUGCUGAGCAGAAGCCGCCAUCAGUGUCAGGUGGAGAUGCCAAGCCUGGGGACCCAGCUGAGUUCCACUCCCGAGUACUGGAAGCCUCCAUGAACCUGCUUCGGCAAACGACCUCACGUCUGCUGGAUAUUCCUGGCGGUGACGGGCCGUUCUCCAAGGCAGAGUCCGAGUCCUAUGGUUCCCUCGGCUCCUCGCCAUCCAACGGCAGCACCCUCUCGCUUCCCACCGACCUGUCCAAAACAACCAUGUGCGAAGUCCUGUCCGGGCUUAGCCUGCAGGAAUCGCCAUCAUUGGCUGAUGAUGACCAGCAGAGCCCCGUGUUACGAGGAAGCUUGAUGUCGUCUGCUCAUUCUCACAUCGGGCCAGUGCCACCUGCGAUCCGUGCUUCGGCGCCACCCAGGAUUUGCAGUCCGGAUGACUUCGAAGAGGUGGACCUCAACACGGACUAGAAGGCGCUGUUUUCCUACCUUGCAAGCUGAAGAGGGCAGUUGUAACGAGUGGUUGCCAGGCCUUCACGCAGGUCAGGCUGAUCACAUGUCCAGUUACCGCUUCAUACAGGGCUUCCUUCAGAAAGUGAGGUACCAUAUACCUACUUCACUGUUUAGCUCAUUCAGCUACGUUUUACUCUAGGUUUUAAGAAUGCAUUGCACAACCAGUGAUCUUACAUGGCAGCGGAAUCUCGCCUGAAUACUGACGCAUUGCCAGUUAGUUUAGGGUUCACAUUUUAUUUUAGCUCCUUGUGGUCUAGUAUUCAUCAUGUAUAGUAGUAGUUGCGUGCUCAUAGUUCACAUUGCAUGUUCAGUUAUAGUAAGGACAUUUCUGUGGUGCCAUCAGUUAUAAGGUGUUUUUUUUCUUCUUCUUUUUUUUCCCCUGCUUCAUGUGUAUGUAUGUUUUGAACUGAUCAUUCGGCAAAGACUAUGGUCAGGAACUCUAACUGGUUUUGUUGGCUGUAACAUGCACUUGCUGUCUUUAUGUAGCUGCUGUUUACAGUUUUAGUUUCUUGCUGUUCAGAUGGAAUUGGACAUUGUUAUUGUUGUGACAGCAUUGGUAAGAAGGAAAAAACUGUUGCAAACUUGAACUUGUGCUUGUGUGCUGAGGCAUUCAAGAAGCAACGGUAUUACCAUUCUCAUUUUGAUAUAAGAAUCCAAACUUAAAGCAAUGGGCAAGGAAUGUAGGGCAGUUCUUGAACUGCUCAUUUGAACAAUGAACCAAGAUUUCAAACUGACGUGAGCUCAGAACACCUACUACAGUGUAAAACAUAAUUCACUAUAGUGGGCAAGUUAUGUGUGUCUACAACAGAAGCUGUGUCUUCAGAAAAUUAUUCUUGGUAGAAUGUAGCAAAUGCAUGCUCAAGACAUUGGUAGAUAGCUUACAUUUGUAUUUUCAAGCUAUCUUGCAAAAGCAGCAGCAAAUGACACUGUUAUCUAACUUGCAUUAUCCUCUGAUCAGUCCUUUCUCUUGUAACCAGCAGGUUCAUCUUUUACUUGGCUUGCAUUCGACAGCUUUUCAUUACUAUAAGGGGAGCAAUGUUAUUGAUCGGUGAAAAUGAAGUUUUGUUUUCAAUUCAUCAUCCAUCUUCUGCAAUCUCUUCCUUUUAUUCCCCGCAGACCAUGCACAAUAAGAAUAAACUACUGGCCCCCUUUUGGUUAACUUCGUGAAAUGCUGUUCUACCUCUUCUCUAGUGGCAUGCUGCCACCUCCUUCUAGUCUAGAUGUCCGUGUAAAAAACUUGAGUUCACGUGCAUCACUUUGCCAUAUCUGCGCAGCGCACAUUAAGAGCUUUUUUUUUUUCAACAUCUGGGAAGUGUGGCCCUACACAUGCAUUGUCAUUUGCAGAGCUGAACAUUUCAGAUGCGAUAAAUAUAAGCGAAUUGUUAGAAUUUUGAAGUUAUUUUUAAUGCUUGCAAUCAAUAAAUCACUUAUAUUGAUGUCAUUCUUUUACAUGUUAUUCAGGGCUUUUAGAAUACUUCGUUGUCAGUGGUAAAUAAUCUUUUCUGUUCUCUUUCUUGUUCUUUUUUUAAUGUCAUUGUUUCUUGAGUGCUCUUGCAGAUGUCUGAGGCCUGUCUUUUCAAAAUUUUGUUAUAAAUUUUUUCAUGUGGAGCCAUCGUGUUUAAAGAAGUGUUAGCAUCUGCUUAAGAAGCAUGCAUUCACAUACUACAUGUGACCUUAUAUAAUGUUACAUUACUUUGAUGGAGCUGUAAAACCUAUGUUUGAAAACUUAUUUGUGCUGUUGAAUUUGCUUAGCAUCAUCUUCAGCAAUUAUAACUGAUUUAUUCAUGUUUUCUUCCAAGGCCCUUUAGGUGCGGAGUAGACUGUUAACAUGACAAAACUGACUGCCUUUUAAUUGGUGUUAAAAUAAUGUUUGCUGUCUACUUCAUACUUAUUUGCGUAGUGUGGAGUACCCUCCAUGUUGAUGUUUUAUAAAUUACCUGUUGCAUUCUGCAGUGCAAUUGCAACUUAUAAUAAACUUUCUUGCUAUAUUUAGAGAGUUCCCUAAUUUAAUCUGCCAUUUAAAAUAGAUGCUCAGUAGAUGGUUGAUUUCUUCUAUAUUUUUUAGAAAGCUCACAACUUCUCAUAAAGGUGCACUGAGACGCUUUUCAAACAUGACAGGAAAACACUACCGAUCAGUAAACAUUGCUGUCAUGAAUGUAUGAGCGUGUAUUAUUCCACCACAUGGCAGCAGGUAGCCUACAAUCUUGCAUGAUAGAUUGCUUGCCCUCUGCUGUGGUUUUCGAGGGAUCCAAUUUUUUUUUAUUACCUCAAUCGUGUCAUUACAGCCAGCGGAACUGCCCAUAGAUUACAGCCGUUGGGCCAUUGUUCAAAACCAUGAAAGAACUCGCAAGCAAAAGGCCAUGCAUACACAUCUGCCCUGUCCCACCUUCCCUGUUGCCAAUCCUUUGUCAUUCUCUAGCGCCUUUGUCAGAUGCCAACUGCACCAUGAAAAGAAGGGACGAUAGUCAAGGCACUGCUAUUGGGGCUGCCGUACUGGGAGAAUCGAUGAGUUGACGGGGAAUGGGGAAGAUAAACAUUCCAUUAAUUAAAUCUCUGCUCAUAUUAAGUCCUUUUCAAAGGUUCCUUCAGGAAUAUAUUUGUUGAAAGACAUUGCAUUCAUUCUAGCAUGUUUUUCAGGUUUCAAGAAAAGUGUUUCAGUGCCCCUUUAACAUACUAGCUAAUAGUGCCACUGGCCAUGCACUUGUACUGUUUAAGAAAGAUGUGGUGCUUUGUUUUGACAGACCUUUCAGGUCAGUCAGUUGUGAAACACUGAAAUAUCGGCAAAGUUGUUGUUGAAGUAAGCUUGUCUUUGGGUUUACACUUGCUUGCAUACCCCAGAACAUGUUGCACUAGGCAUAGUUGCAACCAUUGAGAAAUGUUGCCUAAAAAGCAGAAAUCGUUGUGCUGCUAUUACUUUUGGUUUUUGACCUUGUCAUGCUGGCAAGGUCAUGUAAUCCUGCUGCAGGGAUGUAAUCCUCUGCAGCUUUGGCAUCCAAAAGGCUACAAUAAGGCUGUUUUGACAGUGCCUCGUCUGUCUAGGCAUGUUAAGGUAGCAUUAUUAAUGUGUCAUCUCCAUUUUGUUCUGUAAUGACAGCGUAAAUGCAUCACGCAAUCUGUGUUCCAGACAAACAAUGUAGAACAGUGCUGCUUUUCUUUCUCAACCUCGACGAAUUGAAAAUUUUGACACGGCAGUGGCUUCGCAGGCGGCAAGCUCUACUUUUCGAUGUGAGGUUGUGUUUUUAAUUCUGCCACGAUGGUCUCAUGCCAAAAUGUAUAAAAGUUUUUGACCAUAAUUUUGUUGCUUAUCAAAGAAUGCUGGCUCAUCAAAGUCAGCCCCAGCUCCUUUCAUCGAGGCAUGCCUCGUAGCUCACAGUGCAGUUUCUGGAUGUAAAUUCAUCAUUUGAACUGAGAGAACUUGUUAAGUCAUCCAAGAAUGUUCAAAUAACGAAAAGCCAUUUGUACUUGAAGCUGCUGUUAUGCAAAAUUAGCUUACGCCGAGGACAGGUUGCCUUGCAGAAGGUUAUCUAGCACUUAAGGGAUUGUUAUGUUGUGGGCUGUUUGCAUGUGCUUAUUUGAUGUUGAUAGAAGCUGAAAUGUUUUCAGCAGUAUUUCACACAGUUUUCGUGAAAGUUUGGUGAAUGUUGUCUUAUUUUGGCCAACCUCCAAAUACCUGUUCACUGUUGUGUUGUCCAUGGCAUUGUGUGAAAAUCUUUAAAUAGUGACCUUUGUUGCUGAACUCUGGCACAUUUUAUACAUUUAUUAUGCCAGGCACUGGCAUCUUUCAAUUAAGGCUCCAUGCACUGCAAUGUACUAUUACGCUACAUUUAUAUAAUGACAUUACAUGUACACUUACAUAUGUAGGCAGGAAAGGUUGAAUUGCUUCCUCCUUUUCUUUCUUUGCUAGUGACUUGCAAAAUAUGCAUUUAAUUAUCAUUUAAAAAAUGACCAAUGUAGCAAUUAUUGAUCUGCUGUCCAAAUUUGCACUCUGUCCCUGUGUGUAUGUAUUUAAUAUCAAAGUGCUUGAGAGUUUAUUUUUAAAACUCAUUAACUUCAGAACCUGUGAAACAGCUUAAACUAUUGAUGUUGAAAGAUUCCAGCAUAGUGCAUGAAAUUCUACCUGCCAUAUUGUAUUAGCAGGUGUGUCAUUCCGAUGGUGUCAGGACACAAAAAUGUAUGUGUAUUGCAACUUGGGUGCAGCCACAGUGAGUCCCACUUGGCCAAAUUCUUAAUGCUGUGCCCCUUCACUGGGAUAUAGUGCCAGUAUAGCCUUUGGACAUAAAACUCCAUCACAUUAUAGAUUUAUUUUUCCAAAGCAUUUGUGACUGGCCUGCCAUUCUAAGUUGGUUUUAAUGGAGAAAUGGCUAAACAGGUUGUAGAAUAGGCUGAGAUAGAACGAAGGUGACAGUAGUAUACGAAAAGCUUUUUUUUUUUUUACCCCUUUCUGCCCUAUUUCCGUCGCCAUGGUCUGAUAGGAAGAGACAACUGGUUUUUACCGCCCACAGUUCUCUACGUUACGUACCCAGCUUCUCUAUUGGACUGGUACUGUGAGCAGUUUGGAGAUACUAAGACUUGCAAGAUGGUAAUGAUACGUUGGGAGUGUAGGUUGGAGUUGCAUGCUCACUCAUCAGACAUGUAAUUCCUCUCCAGUUUCCAAACUAGUUUUCCGAUUAUGCCAGCGUGCAUGUUUAUGCACUGAGAACAGAAUGUUGUCUCACCUUGACAUAUAGCCUCAACAACUGCGAGCACAAGUUUUCAUAUAAGAGGUCAAUGGGUGGCGGUGUUGCAUUUUAAAGAAAACUUGAUUUUAUGCAAUAUCUUAUGGAAAGAUCUGAGAACUAGAUAGAACUUGUUGAGGUUUGGCUUGUGCUGGAUAGAAAAAUGAUGUUUACAGCCAUCCUCUUGCUUCUGUAAUUAAAGGCUGGUAUGAUCGUUGGAGCUUGCAUGUCCUACUGUCUUUAUACUUGGGUCAGUUGUCACUCGCAUUCCGUAUUGGAAAUUUCCUCAUGGGUGUGUUAGAACUGUGGAACUUGGGCAGACAUGCGCAGAGCAAGUGCACAAUGUAUUGAAGAUUUGUCAAUUAGUUUACGAAUGGCCCAGCUUACAGUCAUGCCUGAAAGACUCUUCCAUUCCACUACUCUCCUUACCCGGUAUAGGUAAGAAGAUUUUUCCAAAGGAAACUAUAUCCACCCACUGAAUGCAGGUGAACUGUAUUUCUAAGCAUGCACUAUGAAAUUUAUCCUUAUAGAAAAGCAAAAGAAGGCCUCUAUAUACGGAUUUUGCAUCUAUUUUUCAAAUUGUACACUUUCUCUCUCUAUCUUGAAUAUCAUUGUUGUGACUGUAUCCACUGUUAAACAAGUACAAAGAGUACCUUUUGCCUGAUGUUAAAAAGAACAUGCAGAUGUUUCUUGCACUGAAUAUUGUGCUCACCAUAGCGGACAAGACAAAACAACAAUGUCCGAAAUCAUCGAGACAUGUGUUUUUACGUUGCCAAAUAUUUUGUCAGUGUUUAUAAACUAAUAUUCAUUAUGCUUUUAGACAGCUUGUGCUUCACUGCACCUGAAGUAUUGGUAAAUAAUGGAUUCAUGUAGAACUUAAUUCAUUGAGGGUGCCAGUGACAGGCACAUUGAAUACAGAAUGUAUUUUUGUGAGUAAGGAUGUGAAUUGUUGUCUCGUUGCCGUGUUGUAACUCCUACACUGUAAGCUGGAAACGGCUGACUGUGUAUUGUGAUGACAGGAGCAGCAAACGAGGUAUCUUGUAUCGCAAUUGAGGAGUGUACAUGCUGCUUUACAGGAACUAUUCAAGUAGUUCGAAAUACGCACUCUAUUACCUGUUCCUUUGCUCAUGUUUUUGUGAUAGUGCACCAUGUCUGGACUCAUCCAUGUCCUAAUGGCUGUAGUUGUAAUGUAUGCAUGCUUGUUUUAUUAGGCAUAUGGUCGUGGGCUCCAAAUACAAUAUUGGGAGCAAUAACCUAUAUUCCUAUACAGGAUCAUUAGCUUUAGUUACCUUAAAAACUUGUGAGGGAUACUUGCAGUGCGCAAUAAUGAAUGAUGCAGUAAUGGCAUUGUGCACUGACGAAGCGCACAAUUCGCCAAUCCUGCACUGAAUAGUAGGGGACCCUGCUCUUCAGAAAGUCUUGCGAGACUUCCUUGCCGUCCUCUUGAAGGGUGCAAACACAUGGUCUUCUUGACUAAUAAAAUCGUGCCUUUGAA